AUGUUUUAUUGGAUAAAUGUUUCCACAUAAAGAGGCUCCCUGUUGUUGUUUCUUAUCCAUCUUAAAUAUGCAAAGCAACUGCAGAGUCAAUGAAGAGUCAAAGAAGUGCAAAUAAAAAUGAUUAGUGAGAGUACCAUCCCCUGGGAUGCUCCUUUUGGUUCUUUUAGACAAAUUACAUAAAAUAUCUAGAGCCAAACUCAAUGUAAACUUUUUCAAACUGUGUGAUUCUUAAGAGGUGUUAACUCUAAGCUGUUUUAUUAUACAGAGACCACAAAAUGUCUCAAAACCAAUAAUGCAACAGUUUGUGCAUUUUACAGCCUCUGCAUCUAAACUAAUGUCCUUGAAACAUGCUGCAUGCUAAGGUUAAAUGUAACUAUUAUUACUUUAGUUAUGUAAAGCAAAUCCAAUGAUGCAGUAUUUUCUUUUUAAACUAUUGUGGUCACAUGUUCCACUGUAAAAUCCCGUAAUGUCACCGCCUAUAAAGGAAGGUGUGUCAUCUUCCUGGUCUAUUUCAGUCACCACCUGAAGCUCAGACAUGAGGUUCUCUGCUCUCCUUAUUCUCAUUCUCAACACCUACUGCGUCUUCUCUCAAAUUCCCCAUGAAGCAACCUAUUUUGUGGGCUGCUUUGAGAACGGCACUUCUGCAGUACAGUAUGAUUUUGAUGGUGAAGAAAUUUUAUAUGUUGAUUUUUCAAGGAAGGAGAUUGUGUUUACUGUGCCAAACUUCAUCUAUGCUCAUCCAGACCAGCUCAUAGCAUCGUUGAGUGUCCUUAAAGAUGCUCUAAACGGCGAAAAAAUGUGUCAACCCUUAAUGGAGUUUGUUAUAAAGGAAGUUAAACCUUCAUCUGAAGAAAAGGACCCUCCAGACCACAUGAUAUUCCCUUCAAGAGAGGUAGAACCUGAAGAAGAAAACACCCUCAUCUGCUUUGUGAAUGAUUUCUACCCACCUACUGUCAAAGUCAGCUGGACUAAAAAUGGCCUCCCAGCUACAAAGGGGGUGUGGAUCAGUGAAUACUCUCCCAAUAGCGACCAAACCUUCCGAAUGUUCUCAACACUGAAGUUCACACCCACAGAGGGGGACAUUUACUCCUGCACUGUAGAGCAUCCUGCAUUGGAGACUCCGAAAACAAGAAUCUUGGAAAUUGAAUUCAACAAAGCAGAUCCAAGUCUUUGGCCAGUUGUUUACUGUGGAGUCGGUGUGGCUCUUGGCAUUUUGGGAAUCACUGUGGGAGUGUUUUUUAUUGUCAAGGCACAACAUUUAAACUAAUCUUGUUUAUGAUAAAUGCUGUCAACACUGAUGGUAAAGUAAAUAAUGCAUAUUUUACAUAUGAAAGUUGUUGAAUUAAUUUUUGUAAUUCACAUCACCUUUAAGCUCCAUAGAGUAUUUUUUUGUUUACUUCUUGGCUUUAGCAACAAGGUAAAGCCCUGCAUAUUGGUGGUGCACUGCUAAAAUAUUGGUAAUUUAUCAGUUAAACAUUUAAAAGAUAUUAAAAAACUUUUUGUCAUGUGUUACACUCUAUGAGCUGUAUGAUCUAUAUUUUUGUAGAUU